UACUCCGAUAAGAGACUCGCACAGGUAUAAAAGUCAGACGCGGGGUGAAGUUAGGCCACCGUCAGAUCUCAGCAGUCUGUCAUCAUGGCCUUCAACGGGACCUGGAAAGUGGACCGCAAUGAAAACUACGAGAAGUUCAUGGAGCAAAUGGGCAUCAACAUGGUUAAGAGGAAGCUAGCGUCUCAUGAUAACCUGAAGAUCACUCUGGAACAGACCGGAGACCAGUUCCACGUGAAGGAAUCCAGCACUUUCCGCUCGCUGGAGAUUAACUUUACUCUCGGCGUCAACUUUGAUUAUUCUCAGGCCGACGGCACCGAGCUCACGGGGUCCUGGGUCAUGGAGGGUGACAUGCUGAAGGGGACGUUCACACGCAAGGACAACGGAAAGUCGCUAAUAACCACCAGGAAGAUCGUCGGUGAAGAGCUUGUACAGACUUAUACCUAUGAAGGAGUCGAGGCCAAGAGGAUUUUCAAGAGAGCUUAACAUAACAUCAGCAUUCCCAAAAAUUACUGAAUCUAUUGUGUGUUGCAACCGUGGAUAUUCAACCUUUUAACAACUGACGGCCCUAAGGUUUACAAAGCAUGUACGUAUUGCACUGUGAAUUUUGAUAUUUAUGGUAAUAAAGCCAUUUUUACAUCC